UCUGCGCCGCGCGGGGGACCUAGAGCGGUGGAGCGCGCGUCAGGGGCAGCUUCGUGGUGAGGCUGGCGGAGGAGGCCUCGGGGAUCCGCUGCACGUCGGACCUUGACCUGAGGCCUGGGAGGAGGCGGGCGAGGUCCACUGGCCGGGCUCUGACCGCAUGACCGCCUUCCUGGGCGCCGGAGUCCGGGCCCCCACGCCAGGACUCUCCCUUCUGUGGCUGCUGCAGCUCCGGCCAUCGCGCGAGGGCAGGAGGAAAGUGGCUGCUGUUUUUUUGGUCAAAGUGAGAAACUGUGAGCUCCGCUGCACUCCAGCCCUUUGCGGGCCUCCUGGUGACGUGGGAAAGCAAGAGCCAAGCCCUACGGCAUGCAGCCCCAGGAGAGCAGCGUCCAGUACAGCAGGUGGGAUGACCGCAGCCGGGACGAGGUCCACGUGGCGGCCGGGUCCAGCGCAGAGGCGCCCUGGAGCUGGGAGCGGAUCUCCCGGAAGCUGUGCUCGGGCAAGCUGGGCAUCGCCAUGAAGGUUCUGGGCGGAGUGGCCGUCUUCUGGGCCAUCUUCAUCCUCGGCUAUCUCACCGGUUACUACGUGCACAAGUGCAAAUGAGGCCGCCCAGCACGGACGCUCGGGGCUGGCUGCCCGUGCGUGGGGACGUGGGCUUGGACGGACCGACCCCUGUAUACCAGCACCCUUUUGUGUACAAAGAACCCCAUAUAUAGAGUCCUCGUGUAUAGAAGACUACUUCUCUCUGGACAGACGCCUCCCCCCCGCCCCCCACCAUGCUGUGGUCACUGGCCAGCACGUGGGCACACAGGUGCACAUGCCUGGCGGCACGUGGCUGGCCGGGACACGCGUGGCUGGGAGAGGGGCCCGCUGGAGCUGGGGCUGCAGGACACACCCCCACAGCCCCUGCAGGGAGAGGUCCUCCCCGGGCGGGCCUGGGGCCCACGGUCCAGUCUUCCAUGCUGUGAACGGGGGUGUCCCUCUUGAGGGAGCAGAUCCAAUGGGAAGGCACUUCCCUGCCAAGGCAGCCAUUAAAAGUCUGUUGAAUGAA